CGAUUUCACCCAAAAUAAAUAACGUCUGCUAUAAUAACCUUUAAAUCGUUAACACUGCCGUUUGUAAGAAUACAGAUCAGUUUAAUAAUUGAUAGAGUUUUGCGUCUUUGCUUGUGAAAAUCUCGUCAUAAGAAAAUAGUUUCUUUAUCGUUUAGAACUUUGGUAGUCGGCAAAAUGUUGAUCAAAAUAUGCAGUGUUUCCGCUGCUGCCUUAGUUGUGAUGAUUGUCAUCCGCAAAUACCGAGAAUAUAAAUGGGGCAGAUGCAAAAGCAAACGAAAUAUGAAAAACAAAACAGUCGUUAUCACCGGUGCUAAUUGUGGUCUUGGUAAAGCAACCGCAUUGGAGUUAGCCCAACGCGGAGCUCGGGUUAUAUUAGCAUGUAGAGAUCCAGAGAAAGCGCAAAAAGCUUUGAUCGACGUUCGAUCUAGAUCCAAUAAUGGUGUACUUAAAAUCAUGGAAUUAGAUCUAUCUUCUUUUGAUUCCAUAAAAAAUUUUGCUAAAGAAUUUGUUCGUAGCGAAGAACAACUCGAUGUGUUAAUCAACAAUGCUGGUGUAUUCCAAUGCCCGUUUAUGACCACCAAAGAAGGUUUCGAAAUGCAGUUUGGUGUUAAUCAUUUAGGCCAUUUUCUUCUCACUAAGCUUCUGUUAGAAAAAUUAAAACAGUCUGCUCCUUCCAGAAUAGUUGUGGUUAGUUCAGCCUUAUAUAAAACAGGCUGUUUAAAUUUUGAAACUUUGAACUCCAAAUCCGAUUAUGACAAGAAAAUGGCAUACAAAAAUAGUAAAUUGGCAAAUGCUCUAUUUACUAGGGAAUUAGCCAAACGAUUGAAAGGAUCUGAUGUUUCUGUAUAUGCGAUUAGUCCAGGUAUGGUGUGGACCAAUUUAGGUAGAUAUAUAUCUAUCAGUUGGUGGAAAAUGAUUGCCCUUGCUCCAUUUGCUUUGUUCUUUGUAAGAACUCCUUAUCAAGGUUGUCAGACAAUUUUGCACUGUGCUAUAUCUGAAGACGUUGAAGGAGAAAGUGGAUGUUAUUACAGUAACUGUAAAAAAGAGCCUUACGCCAAAAAUGCUCUUGAUGAUAAGGUUGCUAAAAAGUUAUGGGAUAUUUCAGAAGAAUACUGCCAAAAAGCCAAGCAUUAGAUUUAUAGAAAAUACUGUGUGAUGUAUAGAAAAAUGGAAUGUUAUUUCUUUUUUGCUGAUAUACUGUCCAGCAAUUAAUUUUUGAAUUGUCUUAUUAAUUCUACACACCUCAUGUACUUUCUAGUUUUAGAAAUUAUCAUUUUUUUUAAGCCAAGUAUUUACAUUAUUGAAUUGCAUGUUUAGAGAAAUAUGUUUUUAUUUAUUUUGCUUUUCUGUAUUGAAAUUUGGCUAAACUGAUGCAUUUUCGACCAGGGGUCUGUCUAGGUUUUUCAGAGAGAUACCUAUUUUGUGAAAAUUAAAAAUUAUAUUAAAAAAUCAACACAAAAAUAUGGAUUUAUCGUUUCUUACGAGACACAAAAAUAAAACUUUAAGAAAAAGUAUUUUGUGAAAUUAUUCUACUGUUUUUCCUAAAGUUGAAUUUAUGAAGUUACAGACCCCUGUAGAUAGAAUAUCUAAUAUUUUUACUGUCUGAAAACUUUUACUAAUGUUGCCUAUUUAAAUUUUACCUGGAAUUUCAGCAUAGUGGAUGUUUUAGCAAUAACUUCAUAUUUGUUUAGUUUGAACAUGAUGAGGACCAAUUAAGGUAGAUAUUUAUCUAUCAUUUGUUGGAAAAUUAAUGUCCUUGCUCCUUUCUUUUUUUCUCUGAACUCUUUAUCAAGUUUGUCAGACAGUUUUGCAUUGUGCUAUAUCUUAAACUUGGAGAUGGUGAAAGAAAAAGUAGGAUAUUAAAGAUUUUAAAAAAAAAGAAAAGCUUAAAGAAUGAACUUGAUGAUAAGAAUUUAUGAAGAAGAAUCCAGUGCAAAAGCUAAAUAUAAAAAAAUUAAAUUUACUUCAUAGUUUGUGAUAUAAAAACUGAGAUGUUACUUCAUGUUUACAAUAUCCAGCCAUGAAUUUAGAAAUUGUCUUUAUUAUUCUACGUUGCUGUGUGCAAUGCUAUUUUGGCCAUUUUCUUAUGACCCUGGAAAGAGAGUAAUUACAAUAUACUCUAUAGGUUUAGGGAAAGUUUUUUUUAAAGAAAAUAAAACUGAGUGUUGAUUUCAAGUCAGGUUAAAUACAUUUUCUAGUUAAAUAUAAUGUAUUUUCAGUAUUUUAUUUAAUUUGUAUUGAAAUUCAUCAUAUAGUUUAGUAGAAAAAACAAAUGUUUUGAAUUUUGAAGAAAUUAUCAAUUAAGUUGUUAAUUUAAUACUUGCACAGCUGAUUAACAGCUUUUCAUCAUCAUUGUAGAAAUUGCUGUACGAAACAAAUAAUGAUUUCUUAUCAUUGAAAUAUAGUUAAGAUUUAUUUUAGUUAGGCAUAGAUAUACUGUGUAAAACAUUUUGCUAGUGAAACAUCUGUUGCUGUCACAAUUUGGUAUUAUAAAGUAUUUCCAAAUUUUCAUAAUCUUGGGUAAGCAACCCUUAAAUAUUAUAAAAAGUAUUCUAGUUAUGAUGCAGAGUGCAGAACACUGGUAUCUUUAAUGCUCCUGUUUUGUAAAUUCAUCUAAUUUUUGAGAUAGACAAAAUUAAAAUUCACAGUUUAAAUAGCUGUCAAAACUUCACAUAUGAAGGAAGGAAAAAACUUUCUUCCAUCUGCUAUCCAAUUUCUAAUAUAAUAUCUGCAAAUUGAUUAAUUUUUUCAACUUCUUAUCCUGUUUUCAACUUAGCUAAAUUUAAAUCGAUGAUGUUGCAUGAAACUUUUUUUUUUUUUUUGGUAUUAGGGGAACCUUUUUAAAAUUCUUAAUUAAUGAAGGAUAUUUAUAUUGAUUGUUCUUUGCUUCAAUGAAAUCGAUGUAAGAAAACUUUACGCUUUAUGGUUCACCAAUUUUUAUGAAAAAAGUUUCGUUUUCAACUUGUCUGCUUAAUUUUUUUGAGAAAAAAAAAAACUUUUUUACGCCAGUUAGUAAGUGGAGAUAUUUCUAUAUCAUGAUCUGUGGUUGAAUAGGUGCGAUGCCUUGACAACUUCCUGGCAGCAGCUCUCGAGAAACUAAAAAAAAAAAAAAAAAAUCUAUCACAAAAAGGGACCAGCACGAAGGGUAUAACUUAUAGCCACCCUCGGGCAAACCUCUACAUGUUGUUGUUUUUUAAAUUUCUCAUUUAAAAUCAAUUUGGCACCUUGGCAAUUGUAGUUAGCAUGGCCGAUCAUGAUACGUAAAUAUCCCGAGUGAAGUAACAUAAUUUGUUCUUUGAGAUUUACGAAAAAUAAGAUGGAGCAAAAAAGCUAAAUGUAAAAACGAUAUAUGAUUAAUACAAACCUAUAAGUGUAACAAAAUUGCUCAAUGUUUGUAAAUAGGAAUCCAUAGAAUAUAGAAAAUUUUAAAUACUAGAUGUAUAUGCUAUAAGGUACCACACUGUAACUUCAAAUUGUUUAAAAAAUGUUUGACUAGGGCAAAAGUAGAACUUGUAUUAGUCAAUUAUUUUCUUUUAUUGAAAAUGACAGAGUACUGACAAAAUGAUGUAACUUGUAAAAUAAAGGAAAAAUUAAUAAAUAAAUAAAAACGUUGCCUCAUUCAGGGCCUUAUCUAGAAAAGAACCCUAGACACAGAACUGCUGAGUGCCCCCUGGUUGUUACUUUGAACUAAAUUGACUUGUUUAAUUAUGAAGAGUUUAUUAGUUAUUUAACGUGAGUAAAUUAUGAUAUAUAAGUAAAUUUAAGGUUAUAUUUAUUUAAAAUUUUUUUAUUUCUAAUAAAAAAAUUCUUCAGGAAAAACAAAUAGAAUAGCUUUGUAACUUUUAGGGAGGGGGGCUUAGGCCUGGGCCUCAUGAUAAAUCAGGCCCUGGCCUCAUUCAGCUUCUCGUCUCCCAGUACCACGCGAUCAAGGUAGUUCUACGAAAGGCUCUACAGCAGGAAAUAUGGUGAUCAUCCAUAAUGACGAGUUUCCUGGAAAGGGUACAGUAGAGGUCCGGAAAGGCACUAAUUUUAAAAAGAUUAAUUAGUGAAUUAUAAAUUUUACUACUUUUAAAAUAUUUAUUUAAUAAAAUAUAAUAUAUAUUUAAUAAAUUAUUUUCAAUGCUUCCUAUAUAGCUGUGUCGUACCUUAAAGAGCAUGAAGUUACUUUUAACGUCAUACAAAAAUAUGUAUUUUGCUAUCACUUAUUUUACUAGCCUUAAUGUAGAACUUUUCAUGUUUAAUAAGUGGUUGAACAAUAUUUUAACAAUUAUAAAUAUUAUUAAAACUGAGUUUAACAAAUAAAGCUGCUUGUAAGUAGUAAUUAUGUCAGGUGUUGUUUAAAUGUUAAUCGGAAUUGUUAAAAAUCGGAAUUGUUUGUUGAAUGUAGUAGUAAAUUGGAUAUAACAGUACUUCAAGCCAUUCAGUGGUGAUAUUAUGUGUGUGAUAUGAUCUAAUAUAAUCCCUCUAGUGCAGGGGUUUCCAAAAGGUGGCCCACAGGCCAAAAUCAACCAACAGCUUUACCAAUUGGACUUGAUGUUCCAGAUAUUUGGCCCACUAUGUUUUGAUUAUGUCUUAAAAUUAACAAAAUGAGAAAAACUCACACAAUAAUAAUUAAUAACUACGUAAUGGCUGAUCCUUAAACUAGAGUUUGGAAUUGAACCUUUUUAAUUGUAAUUGUUGCUAUAAAAAUUUUUGCUAAACUUUUGCAAUGAACUCUUGCCAUAUAUCUCGGCUUGUUCUCUAGCAAAUAAUUAUGCUUAUUUUAAAAAUAUAAAAUAUUAGCUAUUAGAUUAUACAAAUAAGUCAAAAUCCUUAAAACAUAUUACCAAGGCUAAACAAGAACACCAAAAUGUCUUGGAAAAAUGCACAAAAUAGUCCUAAAACUGAUAAAAAUUAGUAGUUUUCUUAGAUUUUUUAAAGUUUCUCAAUUGAAGGAAAACAGCUGGUUACACAAUAACUUAUAAGACAGUUUAUAAGAUAUCAACUUUUUGUUAGAGACUUAUAUGUGUUGAUAUCUUAUAAUAUACUGUCUAGUGUAUAAGAUAUCAACUUGUUGUUAGAUACUUAUAUGUGUUGAUAUCUUAUAUACUGUCUUUAUAUUUAUGAGGCAGUUUAUAAGAUAUCAACGCAUAUUCUCGAUGGCACUACUUCAGGUCCUUCCAGUUUACAAUACAAGAGUGCAAUCGAUGUUACGGUUAGUCUGCCUUUGGUUGAAGCUUACAGAGUGAUUAAGUAUAUUUUAGAUUUAUUAGGGAUAGUUUUGUUACAGAAGUUUGCAAAUGGCUGUUAUUUCAAGAGCACUAUUUUUUAUCUAUUCACUGGAGCUUAGCUUAGAGUUAGAUAUUAAGCAUUUAGCUGCACUGCAUAUUAAUGCAUUUAUCAACAAUUACUGCUGUUGUAUUGUGCUGUUAAUGCUUAUUUGGCUAUUUUAAGAAUGAGAUAAUCUGUCUUUAGUUUUGAUAAAAGGAUAUUAUAAUACACAAUAUUUUAUUAGUGGUGCUGUAAAUCAUAGAAACAUGGUGCAUUUAUUUCAAAUUGUUUUCGGUUAAGGUUUAGUUGGGUACUACAAUAUCAAAAGUAUCAGUUGCUGUUUAAAAAAUUAUAGAAAAUAUAUGUUUAUGUAUAAUUAUAUAUAAUGUACAAUUAUGUAAUGUAUAAUUAUACAGGGUUAUUCAUAAUUCCGUCCGCAUGUAAACGACAUUUUUCUUUACUACAACUGGCGUCAGUGGUACAUGUUAUUGCCAUCUACCGGCAUCUGCUUAAAUUAAAACUUGAAUACUUUCGGAAUAAUAUCAUAUGUUCUUUUUUGCCAUAUUCGCCUUCAUUUUUUUUACUAUAACACUUCGAAACCCCGGAGGGAAUUAUGAAUAACCCUGUAUAUGAUUUUGUAUAUUAUAAUUUUAUGUACAGCCAAUUGAUUUAAUAAUUGCUGAAAUAAUUUGCUGAUUAUAUUUAAUACGGAAUGUUUUUAGAAGUUUAGAUUAAUUUGACUUUAGGAAGCUAACUGUAUUGUAAAACUUAAUAUUUAGUUUAAUUAUUUAUUUAAAUGAUUUUGUUUUUAUAAAAAAGAGGUUGAGUUUUCAAAAAAAUAUGUAAAUUCAAGACAAAAUAUAUUUUUUCAUAGUUCCAAGAAUGAUUGUGGUUAAAAAUAAAUAACUAUAAAAAAAAGUAAUUAUAAAAAUAAAUUAUGUAAGCUUUUCAGCCUUACUAUACCUCAAUUUUUAAAAUUGUACAGUAUUUUUUAUUUAAUUGUGUCUAAAUAAUUUACUGACUGCAACUUGAAUAUGAAGAUCAGAUCCCCUUUUUUAAUAGUCCUAUGGAUCACUGUCCUUGUGCUUUAAACCAGCACCAUUUUCUUAUGUACAUAUAUAUAUUUAUAUAAUUUAAUUUUAAAAAAUCACUAUUCUCGAAGUCUAUAUAUUUACAAGUAUAAUUUUUUAAAAUUUUUUACAUAUUAACACAGAUAUAUUAGUAUUGUAAAACUCAUAAAAUUGUUUAAAAUAAUAAAUUAUCACAACAUAUUUUAUGAUUAGGAUGUAAUUAAGUUAUUUGUUCCAAUAUGUAUCAAUUGAUAUUUGCAAAUUGUCUUUUGUUUGUAAUGGUUACAAUCUUGAUUUAGAUAAAAAUAUCUAAAAUCAAGGUUAUUUGUAUACUACAUAAAAAUUAUCAUAGCACUUGUAUUAAGUUAUUUUAUGUUUGGAAUUUAAUCAACAUUAUCUUAAUAAGAAUUUUUCCGUCAUGUAUAAAGGUCAAUAUGAUAUUCAGUUUAAGCGUUUUAUAUGUUCUCAGCAAGAGCUUUAUUAUUUUUCUUUUCUACUCACUUUUCUUUUUUAUGAUAAAAUAACUACAACUAAUAAUCUUCAAAAUUGUGAUAUUGUAUAUUAGAGUUUUAUAUUAUUUAAAGUAAUAACUUAUUUUAUUUUUAAAAAAAAUUGUAUUUAUAUUUAUGAAAUUUACUUAUUAAAAGCAUUCUUUUGCUCUACAGGGCUAUUUUAUCGUGAAUAGGUAAAAUUGCAUUUCUACUCGCAACUAUAUUAUUUUGAGUGUGGUAUUAUAUUUAAAAGUAACUGUGCAUGAAAAUAUUUGUUUAAUAAAUGUAAUAUUUUUCUAGAUCUUAAGAUUAGUUUUUAAGGAAUUCAGUAGUUCUAGCAAUUAAUAACUUGAAAUAAAAUAGUAUUUGAAACUCAA